CAUGUAGAAUCCUUCUCCAGCUCCUAACCUAUCCUAUUAUCUCUAGACAUGUAGAAUCCUGUCUGAAUUUCCCUCCGGCUCCGCAUGCUCAAUAUCUUUACCGAACCUGGGCGGAGACAAGUCUCAGGGAGGGAAAAGAAGAUGAGGCUAUCAAGCAUUUUAUUCUCAUGCAGGCUCUAACCUUUAAACACCAGUUCCUAAUCCAGCAGCGGAAACGACAGAUUAAAACAACCUCCGAUUUCUACAGAGGGAAAACCUCGGAGGAGAAGUCUGCCAUCGAAAUCAUUGAGGACGCGGAGAACCAGAUCAGGAUGAUGAUGUUUGCUAAGGAUGAGACUAUUGAGAAUAUUCUAAAAACUCUUCCUGAAACCUGGACCAUUGUUCAGAUCAGUACCAUCAACAGUUAUGCCUUCUCCAGGUUCAAACAAACACAGAAGGAUUCAUCUCUGAAGGAGGGGAACCCAAACCUUUGCUUUAUCCGACUGAGUAAUGAUGGAACUCCAGGACAGAUUAGAACUGUUGUGAGUAAGGAUAAAUCCUGUGUUGUGCCUUACCUACAGGAGAUACAGAGUAUACUUAAGGAGCAAGUUCUGCUAUUGAAAGAGCCUGGGACUGAUAGGAAAAAAUAUUGGAAUCUUAGGGAAGUACUAAAUCAGAGAAUGCUUGCACUAGUCAAAUCUGUGGAAACAGCUUGGGUUGGAUCUUCAAAAGGAACCCUACUUGGAAAACUAAAGAACACAUCAGCUCUCAAUAUUCUCUCCGAGAUAUCCCAGGAGGUAUUGGAUCUUCUAAACAUCAAGGUUGGGUUUGCGGAGCAGAGUAAACUCAAUAUUCUCCUCUCCGGGUCUGGGUUUUUAACCUUGGAGCAGGUUUUCACGGAGUUGAUGUUAAUGUUCCCCAGGGCGGAUGAGGAUUCAUUAUACAACGCUGCUACCUUGAUCCAUGGAUACUCUGAGACUAAACUAAACUUGAACUCCGAGCCCAGGGAACCCGUGAUACUCAUCCUGGAUCCAGAGAUACAAUCCCUGCCCUGGGAGAGCUUACCCUGCAUGAGAGAUUCUAAACAACCUGUGUCAAGGAUUGCGUCUUUACAGUUUCUCUCCUGUCUCUGGCAGGUUCAUAAAUCCUCUAGAUCUAGCGUGGUUCAAACCGGACUAGAUGCUGACUCAGUUUUCUAUAUGAUAAAUCCGGAUAAAUCCCUCCCUAAAACACAGGAAAGACUGGAGAGCGUGGUUAACAGUUUCCAGGAGUGGGAAGGAUUAGCAGGACGAGCUCCUGAACCUGGACAACUAGCCAAGGCUCUUGGACAGAAGGACGCAUAUGUUUACUCCGGACACGGGGACGGAACUAGAUAUAUUACAAACUCGGAGAUAGAAAAAUUAAAAAUCCGCGGAGUGUCAUUGUUGUUAGGCUGUAGUUCUGGGGAACUGAAACGGGCAGGAAGAAACACAGAUCCUCAUGGAGUGGUUCAAUCAUACCUGUUUGGAACCUCGCCGGCAGUCGUGGGCUUUCUCUGGCCGGUCACAGACGCAGAUGUUGACAAGUGGACAAUAGAGUUUCUGGAAUACUGGCUGACAGGCAAGGAGGAGAACCUACUGCAAGCUAUUGCUGACAAGAGAAAUAGCUUCAAAUAUUUUGUCAAUUCAGCAGCACUAGUAGUCUAUGGUCUGCCCGUAGCUGUCAAGUCAAAGAAAUAAGCUUGAUAUUUUACUAGUACCUGGUUGCAUAUCUAAUUUAAAUGAAUCUAUAUAUUUUUAUAAUUUACAGA